AUGCUCCACAACUCCACAGUCCCUCUGUCGGUUGACUUCGACACGCCCGGGGAUUUCUUCAUCUUCAUCUUCCACAUUGUGUUUGCCACGUGCGCAGUACUCGUGGCGGGCUCGGUUGUUAUUGGGAUCUCAUGCACUCGAUCGUUGCGAGUUCAGAACCGAUUUGUGUUCAUGCUUAAUACGAGUAUCAGUGACACGCUCACGGGGUUUUCUGUAUACUAUUUAGGUCUAUUUGAUGUGCAGGAAGGAUACCCGUCAAGAAAUGGCACCUAUUACAUCCUCCCCUCGUUUCUAGGCGUUAACGUGCUGACAUUUCUCUUCGCACAAUUCGAUCGGUAUUUUGCGGUGUGCCAUCCCUUUUUCUACAACCGCUUCAUCUCCAGAUCCGUGGUCAUUGGUAUCUGUGUUUUCUGUUGGGUUUACACGUACACAAUUCUUACUGUGCAAAACAUGGUGCCCAUUUCCAAGGCUGCACAGAUUAACGCGUUUGGAGUCAUGACCUUUCAGAUUAUAGUGCUAGUGAAAGUUCUCAUGACAGUUAAAUUGUAUAUCAUAGCUAGAGGUCAUCUGAUUAGAGAGGUACCCAGCGCAGAGCGGGAUAAGAGAGAGUCUUUGCGCAUCAUAGUAUUUGUCGUCAUUUGCUUUUUGGCAUUGUGGUGCCCCUCUUUUGUCAACAUUAUCGUGCGACAACUGACGCGCCAGGGACUCCGCUUCAGGAACGAGGCCACCAAUGUGUUUGCUAUUAUGGCCCGGCUUAAUGCGCUCGUCACACCGGCACUGUACAUCUGGGGCAGUCCAGCACUGCGCAAUUCUGUCUGGCACAUUGUGUGGCGCAAGGUCUGCCCUUGUCCCAAGAAAAGGGUUGGAUUCAAGUCGGACGAACCAAACGAACGCGCACAGUGA